GUACCUGUUGAAUUCGGGAUUUUCCGCUUCUGCCGAGUACUGUCGGAAAAAAGCAGUGGGAGAUUAGUCGAGGAAGUCACUCAACGAAUAAGGGACAUAUCUCCUGAGACAGCGUGAAUUGCGUUAGGCUACCAGCCGUCCCUGUCACCGGUCAACUUUUUUUCUCUCACCAAAGAAGCAAUGCCUACCAGAGGCUCACAUCAAAGAAAAUCUGUCAGUUUUCUUGUGCUUUGUCACCUUGUUGGGUUCCUUCUUUUUUGUCCUGAGACUGAAACGAGGGAUUUGCCAAUGUGCAAAGAGUCGGACUACCACUUUGAGUACACGGAUUGUGACAUACUGGGCUCUCGCUGGAGGGUGGCCAUCCCCAACAAGCCUGAGACCUGCACCGGACUCCCGAACCCUGUCAAAGGCACAGAAUGCUCGUUUUCCUGCAAGGCAGGGGAGUAUCUGGACAUGAAGACACAGGAGUGCCAGAAGUGUGCGGAGGGAACCUACUCCCUGGGCACCGGCGUGAGGUUCGAUGAGUGGGACACACUUCCUGCGGGGUUCGUCAGCUAUGGGACAGACCUGAGCGGCAACAGCCUCGCCACUAACUGCUCCAAUUCUACCUGGAUUCCAAAGGGGGACUACAUCACCUCAAAUUUGGAUGAGUGCACCUCCACCCUCACCUAUGCUGUCAGCCUCAAGCAGGCUGGCUCAGUGUCCUUUGAGUACUUCUAUCCUGAUGACAGCAUCUUCUUUGAGUUCUAUGUUCAGAAUGACCAGUGCCAGUCCACAGAAUGGGGGAACCGGUGGAUUAAAAACAGCCAAAGUGACUGGAACACACACUAUUUGCAGCUGAAACAUGGGAAUAAUGUGCUGUAUUGGAAGACCACAACUUUUUCCAUGGUCAACAAUGCAGUCAAGCCAGUGCUUAUCAGGAACAUCAUCAUCACAGGUGUUGCCUAUACAUCAGAGUGUUUCCACUGCAAAGCUGGCACCUACAGCGCUAAACCUGGCGCUGCUCACUGUGCCCCUUGCCCAGCCAAUACCUAUUCCAACAAAGGUGCCACUGUGUGCCAGCAGUGUGCACCAGAUAAGUACUCAGGAAAUGCUUCCGAGACUUGCCAGCAGCGGCAGCCAUGCAAAACCAGCGACUACUUUUACACACACACCCCGUGUGACUCCAGUGGGCAGACCCAGCUGAUGUAUAAGUGGAUUGAGCCAAAGAUCUGCAGCGAGAGCAUAGAGGGAGCAGUGAAGCUUCCUGCCUCGGGACAGAUGGAGACAUGUCCGCCCUGCAACCCUGGCUUCUUCCCCACCAACACCUCGGCCUGCCAGCCCUGCCCCCAUGGGUCCUACUCCAAUGGGACAGCCUGCUCACCAUGUCCAGCUGGUACUGAGCCAAUGGUGGGAUUCGAGUACAAGUGGUGGAACACAAUGCCCAGCAACAUGAGGAGCUCGGUGUUCAGCCGGGAGUAUAGCGACUCUGAGAGGAACACAGCUUGGGAAGUUGCCGGGGAAUAUAUCUACACCACCCCAGGAGACUUAGACUCAGACUACAUGAUGCUGACGCUGACGGUCUCUGGGUACAGGUUACCCCACUCUAUAGCAAAGAACACAGAAAGCCUGGAACUUUCCAGGAUUUCUUUUGUCUUUGAGACCAGCUGCAGCGCUGACUGUGUGCUAUAUUUCAUGGCGGGGUACAGCGAGCGAAACAAUGCGGUGGUGGAGCGCUGGGGGGGUACGAGGGAGAAGCAGUCGUACACCUACAUCGUCAGGAGCAACAGCACCGUCAGCUUCACCUGGGCCUUCCAACGCACCGAGUCCUACAGCACGGAAAGGCAGUUCAGUGCAGAUUUUGCCAAGCUGUACUCGGUGCACGUGACGAACGCGAUCGGCGGCGUGGCGUCGCGGUGUCGCCGCUGCGCCCUGGGCUCGGCGGACAGCGGGUCGGCCUGCGUGCCCUGCCCUCCCGGGCACUACAUGCUGAACGGGUCAGGCGUCUGCCAACAGUGCCCCCCAAACACCUUCAUCAGACCUGAGCAGCCUAUGGGGGAGGAAGCCUGCAUCCACUGCGGGCCCAACACCCACAGCAACCAGGCUAAAUCUGCCUGUGUCAGUGACUGCCAGCUGCAGCUGCGGCCCCCCGGAGGGGAGGCUGUGCUCUACGACUUCUCCCCGCUGGCCAACGCCACCAGCUUCCUGAGCGGCCCGCGCUUCACCAGCAAGGGGCUCCGCUACUUCCACCAGUUCAGCAUCGGCCUCUGCGGGAACAAGGGCAGGACGCUUGCGACUUGCAUGGAUAAUGUGACAGAGAGCGUGAGCGAGGUCAGAGGUCACGUGUGCCAAGCGACUGUGGUGCCGUCGGAAGUGAGGGGUCAGAGCAUGGUAUCGUCCCAGCCCUUCAGCAUUGGUGAAACGCUCAUCGGGGUCACUACUGAGUCAACUCUGGGUCACAUCGACUCACCAGAAGAGUACUUUCCCUCCAAAUCCAGUCUGCCUGAUGUCAUAUUCUACUACAGGACUGCUGAAGCUACCAAGGCUUGUAAAGACGGGAGAUCGGCCUCCAUCAGGCUGAGAUGUGACCCCACAGUAAAGGAAACAGACAGACUGGCUCUGCCAGGUGCCUGCCCAGAGGGUACGUGUGAUGGGUGUUCCUUCCACUUCCUGUGGCAGACGCAACAUGCCUGCCCGCUGUGCUCCAAGAGCGACUACAAAGAGAUUGUGAGCGCGUGCGUGGAGGGGAUCCAGAAAACCACCUACGUGUGGCAGGAGCCGGUGCGCUGCACAGGCGGGGUGUCUCUGCCGGCUCAGGGAGUGAGUGCCUGCGUGACCCUGGAUUUCUGGCUCAGAUUUGGGGUCUCCACCGGGUCAGUCGCUGCACUGCUCCUCAUCACUCUAAGCUGCUACUUCUGGAAGAAGACAAGAAAGUUGGAGUAUAAGUACUCAAAGCUGAUGAUGAGCACCGGGGAGAAGGAGUGCGAGCUCCCAGCAGCUGACAGCUGUGCCAUCAUGGAGGGCGAGGACGCUGAGGACGACCUCAUCUACCUCACCAAGAAAUCCAUCUUCAGCAAGAUCCAUGCCUUCUCCCGGGAGAGAACCUCCGACGGGUUUGACUCGGUGCCGCUGAAGUCCUCCUCAGGCCAGGAAAUGGAAAUGAGCUAGGAGCCCACCGGAUAGGUCAACCUCGGGUCACAUGGGAUCCUGGGAAAGACCAAUCACACAAAGACACAAUCACUGGCUGUCUAUGCUGCCCUCUCUCAUAGAGGAUGACCCCAUUGCUCAGCCUAUUUAUGGUUUUGGGGUUUCUGUGGCAAAAAUAUAAGGAUAGGCCUAGCCGCUAUGUCACACUGCUGGAUUGUGUUAUUAUAUUUAUUGCCAAUUCAUCUUGCUGGAAAAAGCCAGAAUGAUAACCUGGACAUAGAGUGUCCCAGUUCAUCAAGUGUAAUUUUUUUCCUCAUCACAUUUCUGUUACCUGACAGCAGUGGGCGCGUUCUAUACCAGCUGUGUGGAAUUGCUCUAUCCAUACUGUAGUGUCUCUGAAAUUGUAUUUAUUCCUGUAAGGUAAACUGGACAAAGAGUACAUGUCACUGCCGACUUGUAAUAAAACAGAGUCACAAUUAGCAUAAUGAGCUAAACAAUAUUGAAAAGGGUUGAAGAGAAAAUACUUUUUUUGGUUUUGACUAAAGAGUGUAGGAGGGGUUCUUAUAUACACAAAUCUCAUUAAAAGUUAGGGAGAUUCUUCGUAUUUAUUUUUUCUAUAAAGCUAAAGCUGAUGCAUACUCAUAUUCUGGGUGCACUAUAUUGUUGCUGACUAAUAUCCAUUUAUGGAAUUACAAAAAAUGUAAUUAUGAUUGACGGUGGAAUGAGUCCACUUCUGCUUUACGGGAAUUAGAAAUGGCCAAUUCUGUUCAUGCCUGCCAUGUGUUGAUCCAGAAUGUCCUAUGGAAGCCAAACUACAUUUACAGCUUGUGAUCGACAUGAUUUGACAGAUUCAGUACAGCAUACAUGUGCUGACUUUGUCACAUCAUUGAUUUUUCCUAUUAAAAUUCCUAUUUUAAGUGCUGUUAAAUAUGCUAUAAGUGUUAGGAAAACAUACUUUAAGAGUGCUAAGGAAAACCUUAUUACCUAUCUCUAAGGCCUACCGAUCUAAGAAAUAACUGGUCCCAUAUCCUGGAAUCAUGAUGCCUCUUUUUUAAAAGAUAAGCACAAAAUGUAACUUUAAAUGAUUUAAAUCAACACUGAACAUUGAAAUGGGGCUAAUGUUAGCUUGUACAGCUGUCUGUAUUCUAUUGUUUUUAUUCAUGACUGUUUUUUAAACAGUGAUUACCAAAUUGCCUUAUAAUUGCCUAGUUUUUUAGUAUUUCCUAAGAGUGACAUGAUUUUUUUUAAAGAACACGGUGUCUAUUUUUAAAGCUGUUGUGUUUUUCCACAUUCAAGUUGAUGUGUGAUAGUAGUCUGCCAUUUUUUGUGUGGUCUGAAAUAAUAAAUAAAUGUGCAUCUGA